AUGCUUCGUUUUCUCAACGCACUGCAGCAUAACAAAAGGAGUUCACCUACCAACAUGCAAAGCCAUAAACAGCGCGAAGUUCAGCCUCACAAAGGCAUGGCGGUCGCGAGUCAGAGUGGACAGGACAAGCAGGAAAGUCCAAUGCGCGGCAGCCCGGCAACGCGAACCAAAACGUCUUCCCUGACUCCCGGCCACAAUGAUGGCAGCGUCGGCAACGAUCAGGAGUGGAAGGUCGUCGAUCACAAGGACGGUAGCGACGACCAGCGAUCCAUCGUCCCAGACAGAUCAAAUAGCAUGCAUUUCGAUGUUACCUUGGGGGAGGCGAGAUGGAAGCACACGCUAUAUUCCGUCGACUUCAAUCAGUCUGUUCAACAUGCCUGUGUCUUCGAGCAUCCCGAUGAGACUGAAUGCUCCUGCGGCUUCACUCAACAUGAAUCGCAACAAAUCAAGUCUACGGAAGAAAAGAGAUUUUGGAGCAUAGUCAAUCUACAUGACGUUCGCUUGCUUCAGCUAUUCCUUGUAUGA